AUGUCUCCGCUGUCGGCCACGCUGCCGCCUCUUAUCUUGGGCACCGCCACCUUCAACUCGCAGUACAACCCCGAUCCCUAUGUCCUGCCCACCACCGAGCUCGUCCACCGUGCCCUUUCCUAUGGCAUUCGCGCCUUCGACACUUCUCCCUACUAUGGCCCAGCUGAAGAACUCCUGGGUCGCGCGCUGAACACCGAGUUCGUGCGGUCGCGAUACCCCCGCCACUCCUACCAACUGCUCACCAAGGUCGGUCGCAUCGCCGCCGGUGCCUUCGACUACACACCGCAAUGGGUGAGACAGAGCGUGCGACGCAGUCUCCGUCGUCUGCACACCGACUAUCUGGACGUUGUCUACUGUCACGAUGUCGAGUUCGUGACACCCGCCGAGGUAUUGGCCGCCGUGCGCGAACUGCGCCGUCUCCGCGACUCCGACGGCUGCGUGCGUUACGUGGGAAUCUCUGGAUACCCUGUCCAUGUGCUGUGCGACCUGGCGGAGCUGAUCCUGCGCGAGACGGGCGAACCUCUCGACAUCGUCAUGUCCUACGCCAACUUCACCCUGCAGAACACCCGGCUGAGGUCCCACGCCCUGCCGCGUCUGCGCGCCGCCGGCGUCGACGUCGUCCCUAAUGCCUCGCCGCUAGGAAUGGGUCUACUGCGUCGCAAGGGCGUCCCCAUUGGUAGCAUGGGCGAUUUCCACCCUGCUCCCGAUGCCCUGCGCGAGGCUAUCCGCCGUGCCAGUGACUGGACCGAUACCCAGGGCGAGAAGCUCGAGGUCGUGGCUAUCCGUUUCGCCCUCGAGUCCUGGCUCCGUGAUGGCGCCCCAGUCGGCGCUCUGGGUCCGCCUCUUGCCCGUUCCCCGGACGUUGACCCCGGGUUCCUCUCCGUCCUGAACUUGGGCACCGGGCACCGGCUGGGUGUUAGCGUCAUGGGCGUUAGCAACGUCGACGAACUGAAUGAAUCCCUGCGCGUGUGGCACAGUAUCCUCGAUGGGCUGGAGAAUUGUGACGAAGACGACAACAAUGACGACGAUGACGAUGAAGAGGAGAAGCCAUCCACCUUGAUGCCCCCCCCGGCAAAUGCACCGCCUGCUGUGCUGACGCCCUCCGAGGGCAUUGUCACCGAUCGUGCCUGGUCCCGGAAUCGACGGAGUCACAUCCUCGCCCUCACCCAGCAGAUUCAGUCCAUCCUAGGCCCCCAAUGGGUGGAUUAUACAUGGCCCAGUCCCGGUCCAGAUUUCGUCAAUGCUCUGCCCGCCGACCACCUGGCCGCAUUGCAGCAGGAUAUUCAGAAUGACUCCAUGAUCACUCCUCCCUUGGAUGCCGUGGACACGAAGAUCCCCCGGGAGACAGAUACAGAGCCCUCAGAGAUCGCGUUAUAG